AUGCCGUCUCUGCGCCGCACUUUCUCGUCCCCCCCUACGCGUCGGGGUCCCUACGCCUACCCCUCGUCCCUCUCAAGCGGGCCCCAAACGCGCGCAGGCCCACACCAGCCUCGCCGGUCGUCCGGCUCCGACGUCAGCAACCGCCGCGUCCUCGCCGACAUUGACUGGUGGCUCGUGCAGGAUGGCCAGCGCGACGUGUACGACGCGUCCACCGGUGAUCGCACCAUGACGGACGCCUCCGAAAACGACACAGACGUGGAGCCCGGCACUGACGGUGUGACUCCCACCGCCCCAGCGCCCGGCGAGGGUACGGACACGGUCCUCCCUGCGUGGCAGCCGACGCCGAACAUCGGUGUCGCUGCCUCCGAAAUCUCGAGGCCGUUUGCGCCAUACUUCGCGGACAUGGCUACGGAGGGCGUGAUUGGCGUUGGUUCGCCUGAGCCCCUCUCACCCCUGUCCCAGUUUGCCGACUUGACUCUAGCUCCAAGCACGCCGCAGCGCAGGCGUUACACCCAUUCGGCCGAGUUUUCGGACUCAUCAUUCUCUUCCAUCGACAGUACGCCCGAGUCCAUGUCGUUUGCUCUGCUUGCGACGCCUCCUCAGCAUAGCAUGGACCUCAUGGACGCGUUCAUCUCGUCGAACACCGCGUUCAUCUCGCCGGCGCGUCGCCCGGCUGCGAGCCCUGGUGUGGCUCGCUCUGUCAGCUAUUCAUUCGUCGAGGAUGAAGUCUCCGGCGCGCCCCAGCGACGGGAGUCAAUCGUUGAGGACCCAUUCGCUGACAUCGCGACUUGUGCUCCUAUGCCCGUCCCGCCCCCGUUCUUCUCCGAGACUCAGCUGGACGUGGACGACUUGUUCUUCUGA